UUUGCCGCAUUCUAAUAAUUAAUCUAAUUCAAAUAGUAUCUUUAUAUGGAGAAAAUGUUGAUCCAAAAUGGUGUUAUGAAGAUUAAUAAUAAGAUUCAUGAUCUGCUUGUAGCGAUCAAUGAUGAGCAUGGAGGCGUUAUUGUACAAGUAGAGGCUCCUAUCGAACCCAAUGUCUUCCAUUACAUGCUUAAAAAUUCCUUAAGAGAGUGGAAGCUGCGGGGAAAGAAGGGUGUGUGGAUUAAAAUGCCUAUUGAAUUUGCAAAUUUGGUUGAGAUUGCAGUUAAGGAAGGGUUUUGGUACCAUCAUGCAGAACCUUAUUACCUUAUGCUUGUGCAUUGGAUUGCUGAUAGUGAGAGUACCAUCCCCGCAAAUGCCUCACACAAAGUGAGCAUUGGUGCUAUUGUCUUCAAUCACAAAAGAGAGUUGCUUGUUGUGCAAGAGAAUUGUGGCAGAUUAAAGGGAAGUGGCAUAUGGAAGAUACCUACUGGAACAGUUGAGGAGGGCGAGAGUAUAUUUGAAGGUGCAAUAAGGGAGCUAAAAGAAGAAACUGGAAUUGACGCAGAAUUUCUGGAAGUGCUUGCAUUCAGGCAAAUACCCAACUCAUUCUUUAACAAGUCAGACUUGUUCUUCCUUUGCAUGAUGCGCCCUUUAUCAUUUGACAUCCAAAAGCAAGACUUAGAAAUUGAGGCAGCCCGGUGGAUGGCAUUUGACGAGUAUGCGAAUCAACCUUUAAUUCAGAAAGAUGGUCUUUCAAAGUACAUUAGAGAUUUAUGCUUAGCAAAGGCAAAAGGAGAUUACCAAGGAUUUACUCCAAUUCCAAUAACAUCAUCAGUUAUUGAUGAUCAUAUGAGUUCCCUCUAUUUCCUUAAGGAUGCUCUGCACCAGUGA